AUGUCGUCUGGAGACUCUAGCUGCGGCUCGCCCAUCGAGGAGCUUAAGAGGGACUCACCGCCACCGACGCACGCCGUGGCUGGCCCAUCCUCGAACGCAGUCAUGGAUUCGUCUUCUGUCACGCUGGCCGCACAAGACCCCAUGCAGGUCGAGAAGGCCCUGGCGGCUCUCAACGAGAAGCAAGCCGCGUACGAGGUCGCAAAGCUCGAAGCGGGCGAGCACCCACAGACGUGGUCGAAACUCAAGAGGUGGACGGCGGUGUUGACGAUAUGCAUGGGCGCAUUGCUGGGGACAUGCGCUUCGUCGGCAGCUGCCUUCGCGGAAACGGGCAUCGCCAACGAGUUCAACGUGAGCAAGGAGGUGACUAUCCUCGGCGUCUCACUGUACGUUAUGGGACUCGGGCUGGGGCCCCUCAUUGCUGGUCCCAUUUCCGAAGUCAUGGGCCGCUCCGUGGUCUAUCAAGGGUCAUACCUGUUCUUCUUUGCGUUCUCGUGGCCGGUGGCAUUUGCGCCCAGUAUCCAAGAGUACAUCGUCUUCCGCUUCUUCACAGGCUUCGCUGCCUCUGCCUUCUUGAGUGUCGCUGGUGGCUCCGUUGCGGAUAUGUUUGCUCCCGACGAAAUUGCAACGCCGCUCGCUAUAUUCACGAUCUCUCCCUUCCUCGGUCCAGAAAUUGGACCGCUCUAUUCAGGUUUCGUUAAUCAGUACCUCGAUUGGCGCUGGACCUUCCAUAUCCUGACGAUCUGGGCCUUCAUUGAAACCAUCGCGCUUUUCCUCUUCGUGCCCGAAACCUUCGUACCAGUCCUGCUGAAGCGCAAGGCCGAAAGAUUACGGAGGUCAACCGGUGACCUCAACUACUGGGCACCGCAGGAGCGCUCAAACCGCUCCUUCGGUCAGGCACUGCUGAAGUCAUGCACGGUGCCGUUCAUCCUGACGUUCCGCGAGCCAAUGGCGUUCCUCAUCAACUUUUGGAAUUCGCUCAUCCUCGGGAUCCUCUACCUCACGUUCCAGGCAUUCCCGGUCGUGUUCGCCAAACAUAACUUCAACAUGUGGCAGACUGGCCUCACUUUUCUCGGCAUCUUCGUCGGCAUGCUCAUCGGCCUGUCGACGCAGCCGUACUGGAACUAUCGCUUCAGGAAGUUCAAGGCUUACUGGGGCGUCGAUCCUCCUCCCGAGUUCCGGCUUGCGCAGGGUAUGGUAGGCGGGCUGCUUAUCCCCAUCUCACUGUUCUGGCUCGCGUUCACCACCUAUCCGUCUGUGCACUACGCCGUGCCCAUCGUCGCGAGCGUACCUUUCGGGACUGGGGUCUACUUCGCGUACACCAGCAGCUUUACGUAUCUCGUCGUCGCCUACCGCUCAAUUGCAGCCAAUGCGUUAGCGGCGAACAGCGCUAUGCGCAGUUCCUUCGCCGCAGGUUUUCCCCUGUUUGCGGGAGCGAUGUACAACACUCUCGGUACCGUCGGCGCAACCGCGCUCUUAGCCGGGUUGACGCUCGUCAUGGCACCGUUACCAUUUAUUUUCUACAAGAUGGGCGGUAGACUUCGCGAGCGCUCCACGUUCGCGUCGGCAUAG